UAUUAAUUUUUCACAUUUUUUUUUUUUUUUAUUGAUUAUAUUUUUAAUAUUUGUUGAAAAUGUAUGCUAAGAUUUUUAGUUAGUGAAAACAAUAUAUUAUUCUGAACUUGUAUUUUAACUAUUGUAAAAAUAAUAAUAUCUUAGAAGACAUGGAGUUAGAAUCAAAAAACAAUAUCAUUCCACCAAUUGAAACUUCAAAAAUGUCUGCAUUUAUAAAUGCUGAACAAGGGGAUUCUUCAGAACUGCCAAUUAAUCAUACUAUAGAGAAUGAAUGUAAUACUAAAGAUGAAAUUUUUGAACCAGUAAAUGAAAACGAAAUAAAAGAAGAAACUUAUCAAGAUAUUUUGGGUUCUGGUGAUUUGUUAAAAAAAAUCAUUAAACAUGGAAUUUCAGAUGACCGUCCAAUGAAAGGUGAACAAAUUUUGAUUAAUUUAGUUGGUCGCUUAGAAGAAAAAGAUGAUAUAAUAGAAGAAGAAAAAAAUUUAGAAAUUACUCUUGGUGAUUGUGAGGUAAUACAAGGUGUUGACUUAGCUUUAAGCUUAAUGAAUGUAGGAGAAAUAGCUGAAUUAAAAAUAGCAUCACGAUUUGGUUAUGGUGAUAAAGGUUUAGAACCUAUGGUUCCUAGUGGUGCUAAACUACUUUAUACUGUUGAAUUGAUAUCUAUAAAACCUGAAAUAAUUCCUGACGAUCUUACUCCCGAUGAAAGGCUUAGAAUUGGGCGAAAAAAAAAAGAUAAAGGUAACUGGUGGUAUGCACGCAAUGAAAAUACAAUGGCUUUACAUGUAUAUCGUAAAGCUCUUCAAUAUUUUGGUGGACCAGGAGAAACAGUUGUUUUUGAUUUUAAACAUGAUGAUAUUCAAAAUGAACGUAACAAAAUAUUAAAUAAUAUGGCAGCUGUACAUAUGUCAAUGAAUAGUUUAGAUUUAGCACUGCAAGCUCUGGACACUGUUCUUUCUAUUGAGCCUAUGAAUGAAAAAGCAAUUAUGCGCAAGGGUAAAGUACUAGCAUUAAAAGGACAAAAUAUGGCAGCUGCUCAAGAACUUAAGAAAGCAUUAAAAAUAAACUCUAACAAUAAAACAGUUCAAAAUAUUUUAAGUAAUGUUGAAGCAGCAUUAGUAAAAGAAAGAGUCCAAGAAAGAGAAUUGUACAAAAAAAUGUUGGGACAAAAAGUUGACACUGAAAAAUCAAUACCAGACAAUAACAAAUCGAACACUACAUUUAUAAUCAGUGGGCUUGUUGCUGGCUUAGCAGUAAUUUGUGGAUACUGUUACCUAAACAACAACUUUCCAUUUACCAAAUUUAACACAUUAUAAUUUAUGUAAUGUUAAAUUCUUACAUUCAGCAAACAAAUACAAACAUUUUAUACUUUUUACUGUAAA